CCUUCCUCGCUUCCCGGCGAACAUGCGAGCGCUGGUUGGGAAUGCCGAAAACUGGGUUCGGUUGAUCAGUUGUCUGUUGUCUGUUGUCGGAAUCCGUCAGCCGCAGUGAAAAUGGCCGAAGAGGGCAGGGUCACUGCCGAGUCCGGUUCCGGGUCGCUCUUGACUAAUGUUAUUAGUGAAAUAUUCACAUCUCCGAUAAACCUUGUACUGGUUGGAAUAAUAGCGCUACUUGUUUACAAAAUAUUUAAACACAAGACGAAAGUCGAGGCGCCGAUACACGUCGAACCAGAAUUGCCGAAACUGAAACGGGACUUCACUGUCGAGCAAUUGAAACAGUACGAUGGAAACGGUCCUGACAAACGAAUUUUGAUGGCAGUCAACGGCAGUGUUUACGACGUAACGCGAGGACGCAGGUUCUACGGUCCCGGUGGGCCUUACGCAGCAUUCGCAGGCAGAGAUGCCAGUCGUGGUCUGGCAACUUUUUCCGUCGUCCCAGGGACAGACAAAUACGAUGAUUUGAGUGAUUUCACUUCCGUGGAAAUGGAUUCUGUCAGGGAGUGGGAGGAACAGUUCAAAGAAAAAUACGAGUACGUUGGACGACUUUUGAAGCCUGGUGAAUUGCCAACGAAUUAUUCGGACGAAGAAGAAGAAGGCAGCCAACAAGAAGUUGAAUCCAAGUCCAAGGACAAUUGACCGCUCCAGCGCAUGAUAUGAAUAAGAUACAUCAUCGGAAAUGCUGUCCACACAUUUAAUGAAAAUCUGAAAAUUAUUAAAAUUAUGACCCGCAGAUGCAGUUGCAGAUUUUUAAUCGCGUUCUGUACCAUCCUAGUUAACAAUGUGUAAGAUUAAUCUGUUUGUAAUAUUGCAACAGGAGUGCUAGAUAUACUUAAAACGUUGAGAACAAGCAUUGCACAGAAAUAUGACUUGGCACUGGUUUGUUGUAUUUUUGAAUCAAUAAUUGACGUGUAUAUUCGAAAUUUCUUUCUAAACACCGAAUCAAUAAACGUACAAGUUUGAGAAUAUUUCACUUUACUCAAGCAGUGCAUACGGAAUACAAGCUACUAGUAAUGAAUACCAGCAUCAUAUUAAAUACAAACGUUGAAAAGUGAAUCUGAUUCAAAACUCAUUAUUUAAAAAUUUAAGCUAUAUUUAACAAAUAUGCAUUUAUAUGUAACAAGUACAGGGUGUUUUGCUAUCCAUUCGGGAUGUACGUAUAAAUGAAACUGAUAGACACUAGAGAUAUCUAAUCAACUUCUGGAUAUCGUACUUGUGAUAUGUACAGACGAAAAUAGGAGUUUGUCUUAUAAAGCUUAUCAAUUAUUUUUCCCAUUACUGUAAUUGCUGGACACCCUGUAUAUCUGUACAUUACCAUCCGUGAUUUAUUACCGUGGAGCGUUUGUCAGUGCUUGGUAAAUGCCUCGUACCUGAAUUAUCGAUAAAUUAUAUGAAUUAAACAAUUUUCAGUAAAAACAAAUUGUAUGGCAUAAACGUACGUAAUAUACGACACAUCGUAACACACUUCUGAAUAGGCAACGCAAGACCAGCUCUACUGCAGUACGUAAAAAUCUUAUGAUCAAAAACUGAAAAUUUAAUUGUUUAUAAUUAUUUGUACAAAUUUAAAUGUAUAAAAAUUCAACAAACUUGAUAUCUACCCGUUCUGUGAAUGACCGGUUGGUCAAAACUUCAAUCGUACUGUCAACCUAGGAAAAACUUGUGUUUGAACAGUACAUUUUUUUUUUUUUUUUCUUAAUUAUACCACUUAGAAUUACCAUUGCAUCAAAAUAUUCUAUAAAGAUGUAUGUAAGAAUUUUUAGGAAGAAAUUCGAGUUGUACUAUUUAUAUACCGACUAAUUAUCUGUGAGGAAUUUGCUUAAUUCGAUUAAAAAAAUCAUUUUAUCCAAACAAGCAAAUUUCUUGUUUAUACUUUCCGGUUGUAGUAUUUUUAACUGAGUAAGGCUGAGUCUUGAUACAAAAAAACAAGUAAAUAGAACAAA